UCCAUACAAGUGGGUGUAAACUAAAAUAUUUUUCUUAAAAAAAAUAUAAAAUUUGAAAUAUUAUCUAAGCAAAAAGAACUUUUCAAAACGUGUUUAUAUUUUGGUUAAAAUAUAUAAUUAAGUAUAACAACCCUAAAAAAUAAUGUUGGUGCUAGUCUUAGGUGAUCUUCACAUUCCUCAUCGCUGCAGUAGCUUGCCGCCAAAGUUCAAAAAGCUGCUGUUACCAGGUAGAAUCCAACAUAUUCUAUGCACUGGGAACUUGUGUACAAAAGAGUCUUAUGAUUACUUGAAGACAUUGGCCAGUGAUGUUCAUGUGGUGAGAGGUGAUUUCGAUGAGAACUCCACUUACCCUGAACAAAAGGUGAUAACCGUGGGUCAAUUCCGCAUCGGCUUGAUCCACGGCCACCAAGUUGUACCCUGGGGUGAUGAAGAGUCCCUCGCUCUGGUGCAGCGGCAGCUCGACGUGGAUAUACUGAUCUCGGGGCACACGCAUCGGUUUGAAGCUUAUGAACAUGAGAACAAGUUUUAUAUUAACCCUGGUUCAGCAACGGGAGCUUAUAAUCCAUUGUUCAGAAAUCCCACACCAUCCUUCGUUCUAAUGGACAUAACAAGUUCUACAGUGGUCACUUAUGUGUAUAAGUUACUCGGUGAUGAAGUAAAAGUGGAAAGAAUCGAAUAUAAGAAGGCGUAGCUAAAUUAAGCAUAAUAUUAUGUGUAAUAAGAUAUAUAGUUAACAUGUAAGUUUGUGGUUGGAAAAUCUGUUAUUAUUACUUUAUUUUUAUUCAAAACUAGCUUCCCGCCCGCGUCUUCGCCCGCUUUGUCUAAAACCUAAUAAAUUAUAUACUUAAACCUUC